GCGUGAGCAGCAGAAGGAUGAGAUUUCAACCUUAGUUAAUUACCAAGAUGGCGGCUCCUGAGCGAACGAGUGUCGUUUCUCAGGAAAAGUCGGCUUCCUCGAGGGUUCUUUUGGACCCACAGACCUCUGCUUCUCCGGCAUCCCUGCCGCCCGCUUCCAGCAUCUUUUACAGCGCGUUCCAGGAGCUGCAGAAAACGGCUCAGCUACAAGAGAAAUCGGGGAAGGCGGCUGAGGCCUUUACUAGGCUCCUUCCGCCAAAGCCUGAGAAGAAAAAAGAGGAGGACAAAUCAACCCCAGGUCCUGCAGUGGCUCAUCCCAAAAGUUUAACAACAGUUCAGCCAGUUGAAAAAAAUUCCAAGAUUUUAGGACUUGGUGUAAAUCCUCAAAUUAUUCAGAUACACCCUACUAUGGGAAUUGAGUCUCAGCAAAUUUUCUUACAUAAUUCUUCCAAACCUACAGUUCAGUUACUUUUGCAUAGCCCUUUACACCUCCUUGGACAAAUUUCUGUAGGUAAGAUAACAACACAUGGACAGAAAAACAAACCAGCUGAAAAAGCUCCCACAGAUUCUUCAAAUAGUGGUCUGAUUUCAGCAAACUCACUUAUAAAACAUAAGAAGAAGCAAAAAGAGCAGAAGAUUAAAAAGGCCUUGAAGGUGAAGACCCGUUCUGGGAGAGUUUCAUGUCCUCCUAAAUAUAAAGCUAAGGAUUAUAAAUUCAUUAAAACAGAAGAUUUGGCUGACUGUCAUCAGUCUGAUUCUGAUGACUAUUCUGAGCUGAGUUUAGAAGAUGAUGAAGGUGGCAAGGGGACAGAAACAUGUACAUUAUUUGAUUCCUUGAAAAAUGACCUCAGGCCAAAAUUGUUUAAAUGUCAAAGUUGUGAAAAAUCCUACAUAGGACAAGGAGGAUUGGCACGGCACUAUAAACUUAAUCCAAACCAUGGACAACAAGAGCCAUUUCAAUCUUUCCUUAUAAAUAGACCGCAAAAGAAGACGUUGCUAGAAAACAUUGGAAAAAGAAGCAGUGAAGCACCAUCAGUUACUGCUACCUUGGUAAACAAAAGCGGAAUAGACACAGAAUUGGAAAAAGAUUUUCUCAAAGAGAACGAGAGACAGCUGAGUCAGCAUUUUCCUAAUGAAGAUUUCAUGGAGCAGGCUGUUCCACAUUUUACAAAACUUGUUACUGUAUUUGAAUUUCUACUGAUGAAGGUAGAGCAAAAGUACCAGAAAAAAGCACUCUUUCCAGAUGUAUACCGGGAAUUUGAAGAGCUUCAUGCUAUGGUAAAGAGGAUGUGCCAAGACUAUUUUGGUAACCCUGAAUUAAGAAAGCCAGUGGAAGUAAACAAUGAGAAGGUGGCUGAAUCACUAGGAAUUACAGACUGUUUUCUUCUGUUGAAAAAGACUCAAGUAGACUGUUCUCCUGAAUAUAUUGAGACUACUAGUGAUUGUGUGUUUACCAAAACUGUGGAACAGAAAUGUGCAACUGAGCCUUCAGAUGAAAUGUUACCAUUAGCAAAAAAAUGCAGAGUGGAUUAUCUACCGGAGAACAUAAAUAUUGAUUAUUCAAACCAUAGUAGAAAAGAAGGCGGUGGCUCCAUGGAAGGGAACUGUGCAGCAAAUGUUCAGUCUGGGAAUGCAUUAUGGGAAGAGGAACAUGAAUUACUUGAAGAAAUUGUAAAUGAUCAAGAUGGCUUGGAUUUAUAUGAUCAAAGCACAGAAGUGAGGCUUGAGAGUAUGAAACCCUCAGAGAAAUCAGAAAUGGAUUGUUCAGGCCGCUUAUCUUCAUGGGGUGAAACACUGCCAACUAACAGUGCAGUAAGUUCAGAUGAAAAGCUCAUGCAAACAAGCUCAAGUUGGAGCAAAGGAAAUGAAGUGACUCUGAGUUCCGGAAAUAUUUAGCAUCUGAUAAAUGAUUGGAAUCCUACUUGGUCAGAGCAUGAAGGAAACGAUCAAAUUGAAAAUCAGAAAAGGCUUCAGGUGAAAGGAACCAAGACAAUCUACUGACAGAUUUUGAGCAUCCUAAAUGGUCCGAUUUUGUAAACAGUCUUAACACUAUGGAAGCAGAUCAGUUGAAUCUCAGACAGAGUUUUCUAUUUCAGCUGUUUGAAACAAGCUAAUGCUGCUAUGACUCAGAUUCAAGCAAUUGCUUUGGAAAAUGUGAAAAUGUUUAAUAUCAUGCUUGCAAGGCCAUGAUAAAGCAAGGAUCUUGGUGGGAAUUAAAAUAUAAGAACAUUUGUAAAUGCAUUAUGCAACCUUCUUAAAAUGUAUAUAUUUUUCUUAUUAAAUAUCAAUAUUUGCAGUUCUAUUUCCUCAGUCUUUAACCUGCCUGAAAAAUGAACGUGUAUGGCAUGGGAAGGUAAUAUCCAAUAGCAUACAUACUUUACAGAAGAUAUUGACAAAAUAAAUGAUGAUCUAUGAUUUAGAA